GGAAAAGAAACUGAAAGUGUGCACCUCAUAAAGUGUGUUCAUUUUUCUCUUUCAACCUUCUUUGUAGAGAAAUUCCAUACCUUUGCAUUUUUAGUUGUUUCUUUUACUAUUUGGUGAACAUUUUCCUGUGUAUCAUGUAUGUCCCUCUUUCUACAUGUGCAGAAUGUAUUGGUUGUCUGAUGUUUGUUUCAGCCAGCUAUUAUUUUUGGUUACGGUUCCUCAAAUAUUAAAAGUUCUUUUCUACCUGUAUAUCUUAAACUACACUCAGAGCUCUGUUACAGAAGAAUUUUCCUAUUCUUAACAAGGAGAAGUAAUUUUCAUCUGAGCAUUAUAAUUGCUUAUACUCUACUUAUUAGAUCAGCUGUGAAGUCAGCUUGAGAUCUGCAGUUUUCCACAUAGUUCAAAGUUGACGUGAAUGAACUUGACACCUAUUAUAAUUUGACCCAAUAUCAUAGUAUCAUAGGCAAUUGAAAUCUUUUAGUGGUUUCUUAUUUGUAGGAAACUUCUAUGGUUUGCAAACUGUUUAUGACUGGGUUAUGCAAGUAUUUGCUAAGUAGAAUAAUUCUGUUAAGUAGAUCCUAAUGAAAUUUGAGAAACUUACUGCUUCUCUGUUGAAAUUACCUCAAUUUACUGUUCGUAAGAGUUGAUAAAUGCAUGCCAGACUGAACCUCGACCAGCCUCAUUGGUUGAGUAUUCAGGAAUGCAGUACUUCUAGAUCCUUGCACAUUUGAGAUGGUUUCACAAGUUGUCUCUCUCUGACCUUUAGGGCACGUUUAUGCCUAGUCAUACUGUGGGCUGCAUCAAAAGAAGCAUGACCAGCAGAUUGAGGGAAGUUAUUAUCCUGCUCUACUUCUUGCUAGUGAGACCCCACUUAAAGCACUUCAUUCAGAUCGGGGAUCCCAGCAUGGACCUGCUGAAGUGAGAUAUUAGAGAUGCCACAUGGAUGAUCAGAUGGCUGAGGCACCUAUUCUACAAAGAGAGGCUGAUGGAGCUGAGGAUUUUUAGUCUGGAGAAGAGGAGGCUCCAGAGAGAUGUGACUGUUGGCAUUAAGUACUUAAGAAGGUCCUACAGAAAAAAUGUGGAGAGUUUCUUUUUCUGGAAGUGUAGUGAUUGGACUAAGCAGUAAUGGUGUUAAAGUGAUAAAGGACAGAUUUAGAUUAGACAGGAGGAAAAAAUUCUUCAUUAUGAGUGUUAUGAAGCAGUGGAACAGGUUGCACAGAGAGGCUAUGGAUCUGUGGAAAUGUUCAAGGCCAGGAUGAAUGGAACUUUGGGAAAACUGAUCUAAGUAUUAACAAAUGUACAAAGGCAUCAGCCAGCACCAUCAGCACCUUGGGGUGCAGCCCAGCAGGUCUCAGGGAUGUGUGUGGCUCCAGUGCUCUGAAGCAAUCCCUAGCUUGACCACUAUCAUUGGUCAGAGCACUAUCCAAGUGCAGAGCACAAAAGUUUAUGGAAAAGCAAAACAAAGCCAAACAGAUGUGUGUAAUGUACUUUCUAGUCUCUUGAUCUUGGCUUUUGACCUCCCUGUUCAGGGAGGCAUUAGCACUUUGUCCAUUCCUCCUAUUUGACUCAAGAGACUGAGCAUGCCAACUUGGGGUGGAGCAUGAGCUGUUCAGGAAAUACCAGGGUUUUUUAGUUCAUACUUCCUGUUAUGACUAUCUCCAAGAUAAAAACAAGUGCACAUACUCUGCAGUGCAUGUGUGAGGUCCACGUGCAGUUCCUUCGCUGUCUGCAGAGUGUAUUUGAACUGUUCUGAGUGCAUCUCACCUGUGGGCAUAUUUGCAUUCAAACAUUAGAUAUGCAGUGAAAAUACUGCUAAUGAUGAAAAUUGGUCAAUGUUCAUCAGGCCUGUCAAUUUCAAGAUGUUGCUGUGGAAGGCUGAUUGGAGAUCACCCAGGAGUACACGGUAGCUGGCCUGUUUGUCAGACUGCUCUGCAGAGAGAUGAAGAAUGGUCUGUGCAAAAACACACAAAGACAAGCCCAACAGAUGCAUUUGGUACAAUCAAUUUUCAAGAUGGAGAUCACACAUACCAUGCCAAGUACAUUAGACUCUCUUAUGAUAGCAGUUUGGAUCAACUGUUGCACCUGAUGGUUAAUGAAUGGCAGAUGGAGUUGCCAAAGCUAGUCAUCUCUGUUCAUGGAGGUACUGAAAAUUUCAAACUUCCCUCAAAGGUCAAGCAGGUUUUCAGUAAAGGAUUGGUGAAGGCUGCUGAGACUACAGGAGCAUGGAUCAUUACUGAAGGCAUCAACAGUGGAGUGUCCAGACACGUGGGGGAUGCACUGAAAGGACGUGCCUCACCAUACUUGAGAAAGAUCUGUGCUGUUGGGAUCCCCCCAUGGGGUAUCAUUGAGAACCAGAGGGAUCUCAUUGGGAAAGAUGUAGUUUGCCUGUACCAAACUCUUGGAAACCCCCUCAGCAAAUUAAGUACCCUCAACAACAUGCAUUCUCAUUUUCUAAUGGCAGAUGAUGGGACAGUAGGCAAGUAUGGGAAUGAAAUGAUGCUCAGGAGGAAUUUGGAGAAGUAUUUGUCACAUCAAAAAAUACACACAAGAAUGGGCCAAGGUGUACCCGUAGUUGGGUUGGUGGUGGAAGGAGAUGCCAAUGUGAUUCCAAUGGUGUGGGAGUAUGUAAGGACCAGCCCACCUGUCCCUGUGGUGGUCUAUGAGGGCACUGGCAGAGCUGCUGAUAUUCUGGCUUUCACCCACAAACACACAGGUGAUACAGGAGAGCUGUGCCCUCAAAUGAAGGAGGAGGUUUUAGUAAUGAUUCGAAACAUGUUUAGUUUGGGACAGAAACAGUCCAGUCAUCUAUUUCACAUUUUGAUGGAAUGCAUGGAGCACAGAAAGUCUAUAAUUAUACUUGAUGUGGAGUCUGAAGAACAUCAAGACAUUGAUUUGUCAGUUCUAACUGCACUCCUGAAAGGUACAAGUAUGUCUGCAUCGGAUCAGCUGGAUUUGGCAUUGGCUUGGAACCAGCUAGAUAUUGCCAAGAAACAUAUAUUGGUUUAUGGACAACACUGGAAGGUACUUUUAUGUUUUAUUUUUUUCACAGUGUCUUUACAUUUUGUUGUGAUGACUGAUUUUCCAUAAUUUGCAUUUGUCAGG